UUCUACAACCAAAGAACAUUCUGAUUCUUUCCAAGAAAUCCUACAAAAUACUACAACCACAAAAAUUUCAUCACAGAUUCUUGAUACACUUAAUUCCUCUUUUCUAGAUUUCUCUAUAUUCGGUAAUUUCUUUGCCGAUACAUUUACGAACUGUACAUGAAUACAUCUCCCCGUUAAUUUGUCAUUGUCUCCCAAGACCUACCCCUCCAUCAAAAUGGUCGCUGUUGCCACGAACGGGAGUGGGCCGCAGGAUGCCUUCACUCCCGUUAUUGCGGCUUUAAAUACUAUGCGCGAUGGUCAGCGAGGACAGAAAGAGGCGGCGCAUAGUUUCUUAGAGAGUUUCCAGAAGUCGGCGGAAGCAUGGCAGAUCACGAUUGGCAUCCUAUCAUCAAAUGCUGAGCCAGAUGCGAAGCUCUUUGCGGCUACCACUUUGAGAGGAAAGAUUACAUAUGACGUUCAACAAAUACCAAGCGAUUCCUUACCAGCUCUAAGAAACCAGCUUUUAGAGCUGUUGAAAGUGUUUGCGACAGGGCCACGACCGAUCCGAAUCCAACUAUGCGUUUGCUUGGCCAUUUUAGCUAUACAGAUGACAACUUGGAAGGAUGUAGUGCCGAUGGUAGUAUCAACAUUAGGGAACUCCGCAGAAAGUCUCGCCUGCGUUCUAGAUUUCUUGAAAGUUCUUCCAGAAGAAGUCACCGAAGGACGAAAGAUCACUUUGACAGAAGAUGAGCUUCAACAGAGAACUCAGGAAUUAUUGGGAGAUAACACCGCCCAAGUGGUACAACUGCUGAUUGCAUAUGCACAAUCGUCUGAAUCUGCUGCGACAAAUCCACAAUUACUUGAAGUCAUCACAUCUUGGCUCCGCGAAGUACCUGUCGCCGACAUAGUUAACUCGCCUCUUUUACCGGUAAUAUUUAAUGCCUUGAACAACGACCGUUCCUUCGAAGCAGCAACAGAUUGUCUUUGUGCUGUAUUUAAGGAGACUCGUGAGGUUGAUGAGUACAUGCCUACCAUCGAAAUACUUUUACCUCGUGUAUUAGCACUUCAGCCUCGCAUUGCGCAAGCUGCCCAAGAAGAAGAUUCUGAUUCGUUCAAAGGCUUUACUCGCAUUUUCGCCGAAGCUGGUGAAGCAUGGGUUGUCUUGAUUGCUCGAGAGCCUAAGGUCUUCCGACCUUUGGUUGAGGCAAUUUUAGAGUGUACUCAUAGAGAUUUUGAUAAGGAUGCCAUAUCUCUUACUUUCAUCUUCUGGUAUGAACUCAAACUCUAUCUCAUCCUUGAGAUGUACAUCGAAGCUCGUAUGCAAUAUGUGGAUGUAUACUCUAGUCUCGUUGACAUCAUGAUGAAGCAUCUGGAAUUCCCUACAGCCGAUGGCGCAGAUGAAACGGACUUGUUUGAUGGCGAUAGGGAUGCAGAGGAAAAGUUUCGGGAGUUCCGUCACCAUAUGGGAGACGUUCUCAAAGACUGUUGUGAGAUUAUGGGCGUUACACCAUGCCUCACGAAAGUUUACGACGCUAUCAAGGCGUGGAUGGGCUCUUAUGCUAGUCAGGCAACAGCAGCCUCUGUGCCACAUUGGCAACAGCUCGAAGCACCUCUCUUUGGCAUGCGUGCGAUGGGGCGAUUAGUUGAUAGGGAUGAAGACAUUAUACUCCCUCAAAUCAUACCUCUCCUUGUUCAGAUUCCCCAUCACGAAAAACUUCGAUUUGCAACUAUCAUGGUAUUAGGUCGUUAUACGGAGUGGACUUCGAACCACCCCGAAUUCCUCGAGUCCCAAUUCCAAUACAUUGUAUCGUCGUUUACAACAGACUCCAAGGAGAUUGUUCGAGCAGCUGCCAUGGCUAUGAAAUUCAUUUGCAGCGAUUGCAAACAUUUACUUGGUGGGCAAGUAGUACAACUGCAACAAUUUUACGAUCAGACUCUCGACAAAUUACCUGGAGUUAGUCAAGAAGAGUUAACAGAAGGUGUUGCAUCUGUUGUUGCUGUUCAACCACCAUCACAAACAUAUCAACUCAUGAAAUUAUAUUGUGAUCCAUUGAUGUCCAGACUAAUGGCCUUGGCAAAUCAAGCUAACGAUGAAGAAUCAAAGCUUAAAGUAGCUGAUCAUAUGCAAUUGAUUACCUUAUUCAUACAGAUUGUUACUCCUUGGAUUGAGUCAAAUCAUGAUCAUCCGGCUGUAAAAUACUGCCAAGAGAUCUUCCCAAUUCUGUCGACUAUUCUAGAUUCAUUCAUGACUUUUACUCCAAUUUGUGAACGGGUUUGUCGUACAUGGAGAUACAUGAUUAUAUCGUAUCGAACAUCAAUGGCUCCUCUCCUUCCCCAAAUGGCCAACAAACUUGCAGAAGGUUUUGCAGCGUCAAGACAGGGCUGUUUCCUUUGGGUUACUAGUGCUAUCUUGCGUGAGUUUUCCGAGGACCGAGAGCACGUCGAUGAACAAACCACAGAGUCAAUCUACACCUUCUUUGAAGCCCAGUCGACAGCGAUGUUGAAAGCCAUGGCUGAUCUCCCACCUCAAGAUCUCCCUGAUGUCAUCGAGGAUUUCUACCGUCUUCUACUUGAUGCUUUGCUCUACUACCCUCACAAGAUGAUUCGAUCGCAUCUAUUUACGCCAAUAUUCAGGGCUGCCAUCGCUGCUCUGGAUCUCGAGCAACGCGAGCCUCUAUCUGCGGUUCUACACUAUGUUCGAGAUGUCAUCAGCUACGGUGGUGACAAUCCUUCAAGUUCAGCCUCCAACAUCAAUCCACCCGAGAUUCAACAAGUGGUUAGGCAGCUUAUUCUCGCUAACGGCAAUGAAUUAGUGAAAGGAAUCAUGAAAGGCAUGAUGAUUAGUUUCCCAGGAGACUGCUUUACCGAUGGCAGUGGCGUUCUUCUUGGCUUAUUUGAGAUACUUCCACAAGAAACUGCCAGCUGGGUUGAUGGAAUUCUACGCAUGUUGCCAGCUGGAACCGUCAGGGAAGCAGAAAUUGACCGAUUAAUGAACAGCAUUCGAGAAAAGCUGAGUAUCGGCCCUGAUGGUGUUCGAAAGGUUCGCAGCUUAUUGCAAGACUUUACAAAUACCUAUCGAAGACGUUAUGUUGCUCCCAGGGAUGGGUUGGGCCGACUUGAGGCUACCAGGUUUCAAUAUAGUGGUUAGAGCUCUUCUUAUUCAUGGGUUUAUACACACAGGGAGAAUUUUCGUAUUCAACUCUCUAUUUUCAAUCGUAGCAAUGGCAUAGCGAUUAGGUUUGGAGGCUGGUGGGGAUUUUUACUCUUCUUGGCAGAAAGUAGUCAUAGCGUGGUGAAAAUAUUCGGGAGGAAAAACCCGGGUGGUCAGAUUCGGACCGGAGUUGGGUUAAUAUUGGUGAGUAUAUUUUGGGAGCAUUUUAUGUGGUCAUAUGGACAGGUGAAGGAAUGGGACAAUUUAAGAAGCAUGUUGCGUGGCCUUCUUUUCGCUGGGGUUGUGGAAUGUAGAUGAUUGUAUGCUGUGAUAUGUGAUAGCAUGGAGAAAUGACGGAGAGGUGGCCUGGAAUGGAAAAGCGCAAGAUGGAUUUGGGCUGGAAUUAGAAGUGAGGAAAUUUAUGAUAUCUUGUGGAAAAAAUGAUAUGUGGUUUUCAUGUUCACCUGUGUUUGAUGGGUUAAUUUUACUCGAUGAAAUGUGCUUGUUUACAAGGACCCGGUGUGGAAGGUUGAAUAUUGGGAUUCGUAGGUGCAGUACAUCUAAGCAGUAUAAUAUAUAAUAUUUCUAGUCGCC